AUGAUUAAAAGUCAGAGCUUAUGCGACUUGCGCGAAAGCUCUUCCAAACAGGGCGCGCUGCCACCUCUUGUCAAUGACAGGAAGCAGAAAGCGAAGCCGCUGCUGCCGGUGAUGAGAAACACCAAGGCCUAUGCGACACAGCGGCAGCUGGCGCCAGACCUGAGGGAUUUCUUUGCCAUGGCAUGCAGGCGAAACAAUCCUCACGAGACCUCCUUCCAAAUGGAGGCCCGGAUUGGUUUUCGACGGCCGAAGAAGUACUUGAGGCUAAGACCCUUAGGCGGCGAUCUUCCAGCAAACGAAGUGGCGCCAUGGAUGAAGAAAUCCAUGGCUUUUGCGAGCGCCGGCGCCGCAGUGCAGUCAACACCUGACUUGAGACAAACGCAGGAGGACGACUGCUCCACGCAUCCAGACGAUGAGAUGCAUGAUUUGAUCGUGGACAUCGAGGAGCAUGAGCGUGUUGCUGCAGAUGCGAUCGGAAAGGUCGUGCGGGAAGCGUAUGCCUUCGAGGCUGCCCUGGGGUUUGAGUCAAACUUGGCCAAUGCUUGGUGA